UCUAUCGGAAAAUCAACCAACCAAGCAAUACCACCACAAAGGGAUCCUCUCUUUCUUCAUCACCGUCUCCCUCUUUUGGAAGUAUCACUCAUAUUUAUACAUCACUCCUUUGAACAAUAAGUGACUAGCUAAAGUAUAAACAUGUCGAGACGGAUAGGAACGAUAGGAAGCGGUAGAGAGAGGAGCUCAAGUGGCGGGAACUAUCCUUCACCAGGCCCCUCGGGACAAGAGAAGAGAAGAAGUAACAGCACUGUACUGGGUAAACUAAAGAACAAACUAACAAGACAAAGAAGCACUCAACAUGGAGAGAGGAGAGGAGUGGACGACUUGCCACCUCAUCCUCCAUUAUUAAAAUCCAGUACACUUCCUGCUAGAAUGGCAACUGACGAUCAUUACUCUUCCUCUCACUCCUCCUCCUCCUCUCAUCCCAUCCCUUGGGGUCUACCCGUCCAAGAGGAUUCUCCCGGAACUGAUGACGAGUCUGUUGAUAGUGGGCUGGACCCAAGGGGCGGGGAAACAAGCAGUGACUCCUCCCCCAGAAAUCAGAAGCUAUGUAGCAUAUAUGAUGAAGUCUCGGUUCAACGUGCUUUUGGUCCCGCCAUGAAGGACAUUGGCCGAUGGUUCUCUCAAAGACAGUAUCUCUCGCUUUCCGAAGCUGCCGAAAACGAUAGGCUAGGCUCACGCCCACCUUUACCCUUACCCCCGUCUCCGAGUCGCCAUGACAACAACGCCCACAAUAACGACACCAAUCCGACCCCACUUGAACUGUAUGGGAAGGUACAGCCGAGACUUCUCGGAUCCAACGGACUUGAACUCGGACUGAGAGAUUUAGCUCAAUACGGCUGGUACUGGGGACCCAUGACGAGACUAGAGGCCGAGGAGAGACUCACUGGGUCGUCAGACGGUACCUUCCUUGUCCGUGAUUCCUCAGACGAUCGUUACUUACUCAGUUUAAGCUUUCGCUCUCAGGGAAAGACCCUGCACACUCGUAUUGAAUUCUGCAAUGGACACUUUAGCUUCUACAGUUUCCCAGACUCUGAAAAUGAAGGCUACACAUCAGUGGCUGAACUAAUCCAACGGUCUAUGCAGUACUCCAGUGUUGGGGUUUUCUGUUUCAGUAGGGCACGUACGAUGGGCUCUCCUGCUGUUCCCGUCCGUCUCUUAAAGCCUCUAUCGAGAUUCUCCCAGUUGAGGUCCCUGCAGCAUUAUUGUAGGUUCGUCAUUCGACAGGCAAUAAGGUUCGACUCGAUACGACACUUACCACUCCCACGACAUGUUCACACGUUUCUGGAGCAAUCACAGUUUUAGAGGGAAGGAGAGAGACAGUCAUAGCUCCACUCACAAUUAGCAUAACCCUCAGUCUCUAAUGUCUUUACUAUUGACCUUUUAUUGUCUAAUGAUGUAUUCCCUUGAUAGUAACCUCUCUCUUCUCUCUCUCUCCGUUAGUGGACAUCCUUCCUUCUAAUCAAUCAAUAGACAUAAUCUGAAAUCAGCUUCUUUAAUUAUUGUCUCUCCUCACUGUAUGCACAAGUGUGUAUUUGUUUUGUGUGUUUACGUGUUUUCUCUUUUAUGUUAACCUCUUUGAGUGAGCACACCAUAUUAAAAAUUGUUGUGCAUUUUUUAUGAUGGUAACGAUAACAAAAGUACA